CCGAACAAAUAAACAAAAUGGAGGCAGACAUUUUUGCAUACGUCUACCAAGCGGCGGCCAUUUUGCUAGUGGGCUUUACAUUUUUCGGGCUCAAACGUUGUUUACUCUAUGCAAAAUUAUAUGUGCCAAAGCGAAAGCAACGAACCAGGUCGAGUGCCACUGCGACAGCAGCAGUAGCAGCAGCAGCUACGGCCCCAGCAACAACAAUACCAGCAAGCGAGACGAGCUGCGGCAAGGGAGCAACAAAAUUGACGCAGCCACAGCAGUCGCAGCACCAGUAUCACCAGUACCAGCAACAACAACAACAACAACAAAUACAUCCACGACUAUUACAACGAAGUCAACUGCCCAGAAUGGGCAACACAAAUGCCCACGCGGGUGUGUCACCAUCACCAUCGGCGUCAGCCACUGCGACUUCCGAUGAAAAGUCAGCCAAUAGCUCCACUGUCUUGCGCCAUGGCGAGAGACGGGGGAGUCGCGCGCGAGUCCUGAGCCGACUGAUGAGCAAGAAGAGCAUUCGGGAUGCGUUUCUCAUGGCGCCACCACCGGCGUUGCCCACGCACACCUAUGUGGAGGCGAAUGCCUCCGAUGCACCGACGCCGGAUGCCAGCAGAGGACAAUUGGAUGCCAGUGAACAAAUAGAUUUUCAUCCCCGCACCCCUGGAAGCAACAGCGAAAUAGCGAUAGUACUCCCAGAGGCACCGAAUCCCUACUUCUCUGCCACGCCUGCCGAACUCAGCGAUUUAAGUCAACUUCGCCUGCAGCUGCUCAACAAAUCUCAGGCAACAAAGGACCGUCCGCUCAGCGAGAUAAGUCUAACCUCCGGCGACACACUCUCGCCGAGCACAGCACGCGCUGUCCUGGAGCUGCAACGUCGCUGUCACGCCGAUAAGCUUGCCUGCCUGAGCAUCAGCCGAACCACACAUCUGCACAUCGAAGGGAGUGACCCCAACAACCUGAUCACGGUCAAUGGAGUAGCUGAGGAAGCGGAAAAGGAGCUGCUGCAGCAGAUAGAAAUCGCUGCCGAGGCAACGCCGGAGAGCUCGCCGGACGAGCUUAUGGCUCUGCAGCUGGGCAAGAAGUUGGCCCAGGUUUUGGGCAGUGGAGGUGCAUCCUCGCCGCAGACGACCGAAGGCUCCACGAACGCCGUGGGCUCACCGCUCAGCAAUGGCGAGCUAUUCAACAUAUCCAAGGCCAAGAAAGUGGAACUGCAGAAUCUGUCGUCUCGCUUUACGGCCGUUACGCAGACGCCACCAACAACGAUCCAAGCAACAGACACAGUCACGCCCCCCUGCGUCCCCAGCUCAGGCAGCACAGGCAGCACUACGGAAACGCAAUCAACUGUUAUAAUUUCGUUUAAAUCAUCCCAAACAGCUGUGCAAUCUCAGGCGCCCCCACCGGCGACGACCACUGAAGGCGCUGAGCACGAUGAUGGCAAUGACAUUGGGCAUGUGGAUCCUAUGCCGCCGCCGCCCGGUUUUGGCACGCCCACAACGCCGCUGCUGUCAAGCAAUGUGCUCAAGAAAGUCGCUAGCUUUACGGCUGAGAAGGCAGCAGCGGUCCAGGGCAGUGGCAGCGCACAGAGCCCCGCCAAUGAGCAGCUUGCCGCACUGACAGCCACCUCGACACCGGUGGCAGCUUCAGUGGCCGCCGCCGCCGCCGCCGCCGCAUCCGCCUCUGCAACAGCCACCCAGCUACCUGAACAACCUACUGGUGGUGCUAUGGCUGGUGCUGGCCCGCGACGCGGCUCUUCUUAUGUACCGGAAAAGUUAAGCUUCGCUGCAUAUGAAAAGUUCGAAGGUCAAAUGCUGAUUAAAUGGCUCAUCUCGACGCUGAACAGCAAGAACAGUAUCCCGGAAACGGAGAUCAAUGCCAUGGCCUUGCAGUUGUGCAAUAAUCUCAAAUAUGUGGGCGUGUUGAAGCAAAUUUCCAACGAGCAACAGGACACAUUUAGCCCGUACGAGAUGUACCAGUGGACACACACGGAACAGCCAACCACCUCGCUGCCCUUGACACCAGGAAAACUGGACAAGGUGGCCGCCUGGCCCUUCUCUAGCACGCCAGCGCUAAGCAAAGCGCCAGCAACAAGAACGGAAACAGCCGGUGCGGAUAACAAAAGUCUGCAGCAGACUCUGCGAAAGCGUUUGCUGAACUGCGCCACGCUGGCCGAGAUGCAUGCGGUGGUUAACGAGCUGCUCAGCAGCGUGGAUGAACCGCCGAGACGCCCGUCAAGACGUUGCGUGCAGUUGACCGAUUUGAUCAACGCCAGUGAAUCGACCAUAUAUGAGUACAACAAAACACAGGGAAGUGAUCAUGUGGAGGUUGCGGACCACAGAAGCUACGCGGAUGCGGAGGUGCAAACGGAUGAGCUAUCCAGCGAAACUUGUCAGUGUGGUGCGAAAAGGAAACAGUCAUCAGUGGAAAAAGAGGAAGGGGAAGGAGCUGCAUCUGAGGAAGGAGCGGAGACACAAAGUAAACCGACAAGUCCGUCCGCUCCUCCACCCCCACCGCCACCACCGCCUCCUUCACUAGUACCUGCACCACCUCCCCCACCCCCGCCACUAGCACCAGCACCACCGCCCCCACCGCCACCCCCUGCGCUAGCGCCUGGACCUGCUCCUCCACCACCACCCCCAGCGCCCACCCUUUCACUUAGCACUGGCCCAGUGCCACCGCCGCCGCUUAAUAGCACAAAAUCCGCCUCAGAUCUCUCACCCGCACCUCUCCCCAAUCCGGCCGAGGGCAAUUGGUUUCAUCGCACAAACACGCUGCGCAAAAGUGCAGUCAACCCGCCCAAGCCGAUGAGGCCGCUUUAUUGGACGCGCAUUGUAACGUCCGCUCCAGCAAUACCGCGACCACCCUCCGUGGCCAAUUCUACAGACAGCACGGACAACAGCGGCAGCUCGCCGGAUGAGCCAACGAGUACAGCAUCGACGCCGCCGCCGCCCGUCAAAGAAAUCUGGACUGAAAUCGAAGAGACGCCGUUGGACAACAUCGACGAGUUUACGGAGCUCUUCUCGCGCCAGGCCAUCGCGCCAGUAAGCAAGCCGAAGGAGCCGAAGGUUAAGAGCUUCAAAUUCAUCAAAGUGCUCGAGCCGAAUCGCUCCAAAAAUGUGGGAAUCUUCUCGCGCAGUCUCCAUCUGCCGUCACGUGAGAUCGAGCAUGCCAUUUACCAUGUGGACACAUCGGUGGUCAGUCUGGAGACGCUGCAGCAAAUCAGCCAUAUCAAAGCUACGGAGGAGGAGCUGCAGAAAAUCAAGGAGGCCGCCGGUGGCGAACUGCCACUUGAUCAUCCAGAGCAGUUUCUGCUGGACAUUUCAUUGAUCUCCAUGGCCACCGAGCGAAUUUCCUGUAUCGUCUUCCAGGCAGAAUUCGAUGAAGCCUACACGCUGCUGAUGCGUAAAUUGGAGACGGUGGCCCAGUUGUCGCAGCAUCUCACCGAAAGUGAAGAUCUCAAGCUCGUGUUCUCUAUUAUUUUAACUCUCGGUAACUAUAUGAACGGUGGAAAUCGUCAGCGUGGCCAAGCUGAUGGCUUUACGCUCGACAUUCUGGGCAAGCUGAAGGAUGUCAAGUCGAAGGAGUCUCAGACAACGCUACUGCACUUCAUCGUGCGCACAUACAUCGCCCAGAGACGCAAGGAAGGUGUGUAUCCAAAGGACAUACGCCUGCCCAUACCAGAGCCGGCGGACGUGGAGCGAGCGGCGCAACUGGACUUCGAAGAGGUCAGGCAGCAGAUUAAGGAUUUAAAUAGAAAACUGAAUACCUGCAAGGAGACCACCAAACAAGUGCUGAGUUCAUCCAGCGAGCAAAGCUUAGAGCCUUUCAAGUCCAAAAUGAAGGAUUUCAUGAUCAGUGCAGACAAAUCCAUGGCCAAGCUCCAUCAACGCCUAGAGGAGUGCCGCGAGCUUUUUCUGGAAACAACACGCUUCUAUCAUUUUGCGCCAAAAAAGUCUUCACAAGCAUUAGCAUACUGCACGCCAGAUGAAUUUUUCGACUACUGGACAAACUUUACUAACGAUUUUAAGGACAUUUGGAAAAAGGAAAUUGAUGCGCUUAUGAAUGAUUUGUUAAAGAAAUCUAAAAAGGUGCAAGAUGGAAACCAACGAGCACCGUCUACAAAGGUGCCAACCACCGAAGUGUCCCUAAAGGAGCGCAUGCUGAGGCGACGCAAUAAAAAUAAAUAAUUAGCAGUAGCACAUACCCAAAUUAGUUGUAAGCAUAGGUCGCUUUAGAUAAUAGCAUUGCUAAGCAAAAGUUCUCGUUGUACCGAGUAUUUCAUUA